GCUGCUAAAAGCUGGACAGGUCGACACGUUUGCGGGCUUGUGGCACAUCGCUGCCAUCAACACGUGACAUGUCGACACGCGCACGGCAAGCGAACCUUUGUAUUACCAUAGGAAGAAGCAGGUGAAUGCUGAAACCCUGGAAAUAGCGCAGAAGUAUACUUAGGAGAUGGAGCCGUUCGCAGUCGGGGUUAGUUGGGGCUGUCAAGCUUGCUCACGCACAACUCCUGUCACCCGUGCAGUGGCUCGCCGACAGAGCCGACCUCCCUCCCCUGCCUUUGCCUGCUGACUCACCAAAGCCUUGUAACCCUUACACACGAGCAAUUUCUACAACCAAAAUUUUUGACUGCACAUGCUGCUCCGCCGGGCCGCGGCCGCGGGGUCAAGCUUGCUGCCGCUGCUGCUGCUGUCGCUGGCGCGGCUGCUGCAAUUGUCGCUGGCGGCGAGGGCGGCAUCAGCCCAACAUGCCGCCGCAGCAGCAGCAAGCUCAGGGGGCUUGACGGGAGGCAGCACAGCCCCGGGCACAGGCACAGGCAGCGGGCAGGGGUGCGGGGCGCUGGCGCCACUACAGCUGGUCUCACCACCAGGCAACGAGGCGCGGGAGUCAUACAUCCUCCUGGUCAAGGGCCAGGAAGAGCUGUUGCUCCUACGGCGACUGUGCGGCGGCGGGGGCGGCGGCGACGGCAGCGGCAGUGGCAUUGGACACGCGGAGGUAGCCGCUACGGCAGCAGGCAACGACGACACGUGCGGGUUAGGCCCCGGGCGACAACAUGGCGGCGGCGGCGGUGGCGGUACUGGCGGCACGUGCCGGCACUUCUACACCACGUUAAUACGCGGCGUGGCUGGCUCCUUCUCACGCCAGGAGCUGGACUGCCUGCGGCGGCGGCUGGGCGGCGGGCUGCUGCGGCUGGAGCGAGACGGGCGGGUGUUCAAGGCCGAGGGACCUGACCCCGCUGCAGCGUCCCGGUUGCGACAGCGGCGGACCCUGCUAGGCGCCAGCAGUAGCAGCAAUGGCAGCUGGGGAGUGGGGGCGGCGUCGGCAGCGGGCGGGGAUACCGACGUGGAAGUGGAUGCCGGGCAGCCGCCGCCUGUGGAGCAAGGGGACGAGCAGGAGUGGCGGUUGCGGCGGCGGCGGCGGCGGCUCACGUCAACACAGCAGAAGCGGUUCCCAGUGGACGGGCGGCCGGAUUCUGUGCCGGAGCACGCGCGCUCAUCUGGGCUGCUGUGGCAGCUGGCGGAGGAGGCGCAGCGGGCCCUGCGCGCGACUGCUGCAGCCGCCACAGCCGCCGCCACAGCCGCCGCCACAGCCGCCGCCACAGCCGCAAUGGCGACAACGCCGCACGGCACCGGCACCGGCACCGGCAGCGGGAGCGGCGGAGAUGGCGAGGGCGGGGGUGGGGGUCAGGGCGGGGGUGACGUGCUGCAGGGCCUGCUUGGCGGGGCGGUCAGGGCGCCAGCCGCCGGCGCGCCACUGCUGCACAGCACGUCACCGCUGCUGCCGCUUGCGCACAUUCUGACCAUGGAGCAGAGCAGCAGCAGCGUUGGCGGCGGCAGUGGUGGCGGUGGCGGUGAUGCAGCAGGGGGUGGAGGGCCGGCGGCAGCCGCAGUGGGGGCUGCCGGGCCGGCAGGUGCGGCCGCCACGGCGGAGGGCGUGUGGCAGGUGGCUGCGGUGGAGCCGCCGGCGCAGUCCGGCGGCCGCGCCGCCGCCGCCGCGGAGCCGCCCGACGCCGCCGCCGUGGACCUCCGCCGCUACGCCGCCGCCGACGCCGCCGCCAUGCAGCCGCCGGGGCCCGCUGCUACAGCCGCUGCUGCAGCCGGUGCCACAGCCGGUGGGGGUGGUCGGCCGGCGCCGCCGCUGCUGCGGGAGGUGCCAGUGGAUGUGGCGCUGUGGCACCUGGACCGCAUUGACCAGCGCGCGCCGCCGCUGGAUGGCAUGUACGGCUUUGGGCCGGGCACAGGCGCCGGCGUGACCAUCUACGCGCUGGACAGCGGCGUGUUCGCACAGCACGACGAGUUCCAGAGCUGGGGGACAGCACCCGCAGCUGGCAGCGGUGCCGCCACAGCAGGGCGCGCCAGCUACGGCCACGACUUUGUGGAUGGUGACGCCGAGGCCGCGGACUGCGACGGGCACGGCACGCACGUGGCAUCCACCGCUGUGGGCCGCAGCGUGGGUGUGGCGCGUGGGGCGGAGCUGGUGGCGGUGCGGGUGCUGGACUGCAGCGGCAGCGGCAGCAUCGCGGACACCGUGGCGGGCCUGGACUGGCUGGCCAAGCAUGUGAAGCGACCCGCCGUGGCAAUGCUGUCCCUGGGGGUGCCGGCAGGCGACUGGUCUCGGGUGCUGGGCGAGGCGGUGUCGGUGCUGGUGUCACAGCACGGCGUGCCGGUGGUGGCGGCGUCCGGCAACGCGGCGGUGGACAGCUGCGGCAUCACACCCGCCAACCUGCCCGAGGUCAUCACAGUGGCUGCAUCCAACCUGGAGGGCAAGUUCAACACCAGCGCCCGCCGCCCGCCGCCGCUACAGCCGCCACUGGCGAGCCCCAGGCCGCUGCCGCCGCUACAGCCGCCACCGCGUGAGCCCAUGUACAGCUGGUCAAACACGGGCAAGUGCGUUGACCUCUUCGCGCCGGGCGUGGAGAUAUUUGGAGCCUGCGGCGGCAAGGACCGCUGCCCCGCCGUGACGGCCUCCGCCUACACCUGGGCCUCCGGCACCUCCAUGGCCGUACCCGCGGUGGCGGGGGCCGCGGCACUGUACCUAGAGUCGCACCCUGACGCCAGUCCCCGGGAGGUGGCUGCUGCGCUGACACGCGGCGCCACGCUGGGCGCCCUGCAGGACCCCCGCAUGCGGCCCGGCACGCCCAACCGCCUGCUCUACUCCAGGUUAAACUACCUGGGGCCUAAGGAGCCGAAGGGCUCCGACGUGUCAGCAGCUGAAGGGCCGUCGUCAGGACUGUAACCCGCCGGGCCAGAAACACGAGCCACCGUGUGCGUGUGCAUCCUGGCUGUCAUGAGAGUCGCAAUACA